GACAGGGCCUAUCAGGGCACGCGCGACCUUCUACGAGCACGACGACCUGCCGAUUUGGCCGGUCUACCGGGAUCCCGUGCACGACUUCGGGCUCUUUCAGUUCGACUCUACUGAGCUUCGGUUCACCCCUCCCACGGCCAUCUCCGUGUCACCUCCCGAACUGCGCGUCGGCACAGAAGUUCUAGUCAUUGGCAAUGACAAUGCAGAGAAAAUUCAGAUUCUCCCCGCCACCAUUGCGCGGGUGGACCGCAAUUGUCCCGAGUAUCAUGACAACUACGAGGACGAGAAUACUUUCUACGCAGGAGCCGGAUCGAACACGUCUGGCGGCUCAAGCGGCUCCCCAGUCAUCGCGCGCUCAGGGAAUUGCAUUGCUUUGAACGCAGGGGGUGCUCAUGAGGCCGCCAGCGCUUUCUUCUUGCCGCUAGACCGGGCGGUCUAU